CGGAGAUGGGGCGGUGGCGCCUGGAGGCGCGGCGGGCAUCGCGCCCAAGUCGUUCUCCGCGGCCUUGUACAUGUGAGAUCGAUCUGCGACUCUUUGUGCCUGCUCAUUUGGUGGUUUGCAUCGUACGCAGGAUGGUCCAGUGUGCGUGGCGACGCGGGAGCAUAGGGGAUGAGGGUGGUAACCGAGCUGUGGUAGAUGGGCGACAGAUUGGGUGGUGGAGCAAUGGCUGAUGCCGAUCGGGCCCUGUGAGUUCCUGAGUGCUAGGCUGAAGCUAUACUUUGCAUUAUGAGCAAGGUACUUUAUUGGCUGAUGAGUGAUUUGGAUGUCAUACUGGGUAGGGAAGCUCGGAGCGUUUGCUUGACGAGAUGCCAAUGGAACGGGCAUGAGGCCAUAAUGGGUAAAGGAUAUCCAAUCAUUCAUUGCAAAUAGGAAGUGUAUUACAAAGGAAAUAAAGUUGAUACGAAGUCAACAUAUGGCAUUGGUAGCAAAUGGCUUAGCGCUUACACGUAAGCAGUAUCUCCCAAGGAUAUAUUUGUUGGAUUUUGGUAAGAGGGUCGCAUAGGAGAUAUCAAUGGAUGCCAAGAAGUUUAAUGCGAUAUCUUGAAUCAAAUCUUUCAGAGCUAUCCCAAGCUUUCCCCUUCCACCAAGAGUGAGAAGAUUAGAUCCUUGCUCAUGGAGAAGUGCUAGAUGGUUAUGUUGUUCCGUUCCUGAAUUCUUUUUUUGAGAUUGAACAAUCUGGAUAUAAGGGAAUACAAAUUCUUGGAAGUUAUGGAUCCAAUGGCUAUCCAAGAGUGGACAUCCUGCGAAGUAGAGGAGUUCAAGGCACUCAUUGCCAAGAUAAGAAAUGAAAAGUCAUGUAACAGGAUGGAAGCUCUUGCAAAGAGGUUCCCUGCAAAGACUAUGCAGCAGUUGAGCGAUCAAUAUGUUGAAGUCUUUGCGGAGAUGCUCUGUGAUGACAUAGAUGAUGAGCCCAGCAGCGAUGAUGCGAUUAUUGACUUGAAUGAUUGGUACAAACUUCUAGAAGGAGACACACAUGACUCACUUCUAGGCCCAUCAGUUGAAACACCGUUGAACCAACCUUCCAAACUAUUGGUGGUCGAAGCAGAAGGCAAUCAGAUGAAAAUGCAACGAUCACACUGCAAAUCAACAGAUAAGAGGAGACGGUUUUGGACUGCUGAGGAACACAGGCAGUUUCUACGUGGUGUGCAGCGUUUGGGGCGAGGUGAGUGGAAAGCCAUUUCUAGGUAUUUCGUCCCUUCCAAGACCCCAGUACAAUUAGCAAGUCAUGCUCAGAAGUUUUUCAAGAGAAUGAAGCAGAAUGAGACGUAUGACAAGAGGCAGAGGUAUAGCAUCAAUGAUGUCAAGCUGGUCAAUCAUGAUCUGAGGAUUCCACCACCAAUUCCAACAGAGGACAUGGAUUUUCUGGAUGAUCUGGCACAAGGGAUGCCUAGUUUUGGGCUGGCGGGUUACAGUCCAACCAAAUUAGAAAGACAGAUGGCACUUAGCAAUCAUAUACUGGAGAGCCUGCGGUGGGAAGUCUCAAGCACCCCUUCACCCAUAGAGCAGGGGAGUGAUCUGCUUGAUCAGACGGGAGGAAUUAGCAUAGAAAAUAUGAACCAUCCUUCCCGUAGGAAAAGAACCAAUCGGAGCCGCAAGAACAAUAAAAGAGUACUCCCUGGUGCCCUCACUGCCCGAACCCCACCAGAAGUUCUGCCUUCUGGGCAAGGAAGCAACAGCGCAACCAACUUUACUAGUGAGAUGGCGCCCAACAACCAGUACAAUUUACACCCAACCAUGCCACCAUUCUGAAGCAUGGUGGAAGCGCUGUUACUUGUUAGAGCAAGCAAAUAUACCCUGACUUGCUCUUCCAAGUCGAUUAUGUAAGGCUCGCAGUGGCCGGUAGAACUAGUAUAAUUGCCCGGCCACGUAAUAAGGAAGCCGUGUUUGGCUUCACUAGCACCUGACUCAUGGUGAGAUGAGGAACCAGUUAAUGUUUGCUUUAUGGUACAAUGAUAUUAUGUGGACUUAUCUAGCUACCAGUUUGUUCGAGACAUACCCUUUGUUAUAUAUUUGGCU